AUGUUAAUCGUAGACAGCGUGACAAUCACCGACGAAUGCCUUGACGCAUUCCGGGCCCUACACAGUGGACGUGGCCGCAAUAAACUUCGAUAUGUGAUCUUCAAAAUCGCCGAUGACGAAUCUUCCGUGGUGGUGGAAGACUCUUCGCCCGAGCAUGAUUACGAGGGCUUUCGCCGAAAGCUAUCAUCGGCUGUAGAUAGCCAAGGACGACCCAUGCCGAGAUAUGGGGUAUACGACGUGGAGUAUGAUCUUGGUGAAGAUGGGAAAAGGUAA